AUGACUUCAGAUCUAGCUGUGAGCAAAGAGGGUCUCUCUAUUCCUCUUAUUGAUUUCUCUCGCUUCCUCAACGGAACACCCUCAGAGCGCAACGACACUGCAAACGCCAUUCUUCACGGCUUCAAAACCGCUGGCUUCAUCUACCUCAAGAACCACCCCAUAUCCCCCAAAGACCUAAAACAUGCCUUUGGUCUAUCCGCGCGCUUCUUCAAGCAACCCGAAGAGGACAAGAUGAAGGUCGUCUGGACUACUCCAGAGGCAAACAGAGGCUACUCUGCGCCUGGGCGCGAAAAGGUCAGCCAGCUCGUUGAUAUUAACGACGUGAAGAAAGUGCGUGAGGCGCUGCCGGACUUGAAAGAGAGUCUUGAGAUUGGCCGUGAGGAUGAACCGGGUCAUCCAAAUAGAUGGCUGGAGGAAACGGGCGAUCUUGUCGGAUUCCGAAAGGAUACGAUUGGGUUCUUUGAGAAAUGCCGACAGCUUCACGUGGAGGUUAUGAAGGCUAUUGCUGUUGGGAUGGGUCUUGAUGAUGGGUUCUUCAACCCUUUUGUCGAUAUUGGAGAUAAUACGCUGCGACUACUGCAUUAUCCAUCUGUGCAGUCUGACGUCUUCAAGAUGAACCCGGGGACUGUCAGAGCUGGUGCUCAUAGUGACUACGGCUCGAUCACGCUGCUCUUUCAGGAUGCUCGCGGAGGACUACAAGUCCGAAGCCCAAGCGGCCAAUUCGUCGACGCGACCCCCAUCGAAGGCACUGUCGUUGUGAACGCGGGCGAUCUUCUCGCAAGAUGGAGCAACGACACGAUCAAAAGCACGAUUCACAGGGUCGUUGAGCCUCCACAGAAGGAAGCAGAAUCAUACCCGCCUCGAUACAGUAUUGCAUACUUCUGCAACCCCAACUUCACGAGCCACAUUGAGGCGAUUCCGGGGACGUACGAGACUGAGAAGGAUAAGAAGUAUGAGGGGAUUAAUAGUGGUGAUUACUUGGUUCAGAGAUUGACAGCUACGUACUGA